AAAGGGUUGCAAACAAGAAUGGUUUCAUAAUAUUGUUAACUCGAGCAAUCAUUGAAAGCUUACCUGGUUUUGCUGCAAUGGCUAGCGAGGUAUUUGAACGAAUGAUGUCUUCCUUUAAAGAGCAUUUGGGUUUUUCGAGGGAUCACAAAACUGACAACUUGAGGGAUGAAUUUCGGGUUGUUUCUUCGUGCAUCGAAACGAUUGAGCGAGUGUCAUUGUCACUGUCACCAGAUGCAACAAGAUUGACUCCCACUCAAGUUCUCAGUCUCCAAGACACAAUCCAGCAACUUAUUGAAUCAGUGACUUAUAUCCAACAACAUCAUCCAUCUCACACCACAACUUCUAAGAAGUCCAAGAAAGCUUCGUCUAGCUCAACGAUCACGAAAGAAGAAGAAUCGGUUCUAUCUGUGGCCAGUCAGAUCACAAGUCAUGUAUUCAUUGACCUUGCAAACAAUACCAAAGUCCUCCAGAAGUUCAAAAAGGCACUGGAUAUACUGAUGAGUCUACGACCAGAAACGAGGAGCCAUCUUGAGGAAUGUUUGCACAAGUUGCUCGUCCCACUCGAUUCCAGAGGCGGGUUGAGUGCUGAAGCAUUAACCAAAGUUUCUAGCCUUCUUGAAACCAGCAAUAUUGUUCGGGAUUACCUUACAAAAAACUUUGCCCUAGUACUAUCGUCUGUGGCCGGGACACUCAGCGGUGAAAUUGGCCGACGAACUAAAGAAAUAGACCAUGUGCACUCGAGCAAGAUACCAGCUGCAGAUAUUUGCUAUCAAGCAACCAAGGUGUUUCUGAAGAUUUGCCAGUACGCUAAAGAGAACCUUGGACCCCUGCUCUGGCAGCCAAGGGAAAGCACCAGUCCACGGAGCGACGUUUAUGAAGACCUUUUCCAGAUGGUUUCAGGAUUGGUCAUUCUGAUUGAAGACAAGCGGUUUUCCAAGGACUGUGGUCUCAUGGCUGGAAGCACCUUCGCUAUGAUGCUGAAUUCUGCCCCACAACCUAAACUAGCAGCUCAGGCAGUUAAUAGUCUAAUCAACAGAUAUUCAACUACUGGUGGCCAGGAAAAUCUACAGAUUGGUAACAUGACAGUCCCUGCACUCACUACUGCCCUUCAACCAGCAUCAACGGUCUUUCCACAAGUAGCAAUAGCAAGAGGAGUAUUGACAUGCUGUGACAAGGCUAUUCUACUCGAAGAUGUGUCUCGUAAUGACAAGCAACAAAUUCUUUCUACUCAUGUGAUCUUCCCAUUGAUAUGUGACCUAUGCAAGGAUGCCUCAGGGGAACUGAAAUAUCAUACUAGUGAAGCCUUGAGUCUGUACCUUCAAGUCAUGAAAACCCUCCUCCCGAUCAUCCAAAAGAAAAACUCAACCCAUCCACGUCUUCCGCUGUUUGACAGAGAUUCAACUCAGACCCAGGCCAUUCUGAAGCUAGUGUGGCGAGAAUGGCAGAGCCCGGUGGAUGGAGUGGCUGAGAUGAUCCGAUCAUCCUUAGCAACGUUACUGGUCAUUCAUCAAGAGGAGGCUAAGGCUCUGGGAAUUGCUGACUCUCAGCUUGCAGAAUCCAUCAUCUCAACUCUGCUGAGUACAGCAUGGCACGUCAAGGGACGCUACCACCUCAUGUCCCGCCUUGUUCCCCACUGCAACGCCAUCAACCUUCUAACACUGCACCCAGGUCUGCCCAGGGAGCUGCUGCACUGCCUAGGGACUAACUAUCUAGCUGCUGCUGUGACUGAGCUGCACAAUGCCUUGGUCAGGAAGAUGGGGAAGGAGAUGAUGCCUGGGAAGGAGUCUGUUGGGAAGAGGACGCAGGAAGAUAAAGAGGAAUUGACCAAGAGGUGGGGGAGCAUCUGGGAGCAAGUGAUGCUGCAGGGACUGUGCAACGAUGACGGUUUAGUGAGGUAUCACACGUCCAACUCCUGGAUUCAAUCUGCGAUCAAGAGCUUCCCUGGUGUCUUCUCAUUACUCAUGAAGAGCCUGGAUAACGAGCCACCCAAUGAUAACACUGAUGUACGUCGCCUACAUGCCCGUAUCAUCCUGCUGAAAACUGCACGGUGCAAUAACACCCUGGAGUCUGAUUGGCUGGAGAAAUACAUGGACAUUGUCUCGGCAGGUCUCUGGCACCCUGAAAAUGACAUCCAAGGUGACUCUCUAAGUCUACUCUGCUGCUCCCCCAAGAAAUCUGAGCUUCCUACCCCAUCUGAGAUGCUUCUUCUCAAGAGGACAUUCCCACACCUCCUGAACUCCGAUUCGGCCAAAUUCCGCAAUUGUCUUCGCCACAACAUAAUCGUCUUUGUCGGCAGGUUAUGUGACGGCGGUCUAGGUCUCCUGAAAAACUUGAGAAAGUUGGAAACAAAACUCGAAUCAUCUGUUGACGAUCGGUGUCCGACUGACAAGGCACACCCCAUGGAUGUCAAAAGGGGCGGAAUGAAAGUGUCGGAGAAAAGAACUUCACAAGCUGAUGAGAUCAGAGAAAAGAUUGAUGUGUUGACUGAAAAACUGCUCAGAGCCGUAGACGCUUUGGACUGUCUGAUGGAAGUAUGCUUUGGGUCACUGUUUCCGGGAGCUUGUUACCAGCGGAGACGAGUUGCUAUGGAGAUUCUUGGGGUUAUGUUUGACAACUUGAUGGCCAGGGAUAAACUGAAAGAGAAGAAUGCUGUUUCAGGUGAUGUCAUGACUUGGGCUGUUGAUCACGGGAAAUGCAAUUUGCUUUCUGAAAGAAAUGCCUCUAUCCUUCUUGAGUGUAUCCAAGAUAGCGCGAAUGACCUGAGGUCAUCAUCAUAUCAUCUCCUGUCCACCUACUUCCCUACUGCCUUGCCGUCCUCUGCCUCAUAUCCCUAUACAUCAUCCUCGGAGAUCCUCUGCCGGGCCCUGCAACUUGUGUCUAGCCCCAAACUACAGGAGAGCGAGGCAGGGGCAUUACUGUCAAAGAUGAUCUUUUACAAACACUCUGUUGUUAAAACACUGAAUGCAAGCAGGUCUUCUCCGAGCUCACCAGUGAAAUCUAACGGCAUUUCCACAGAGAGGGGAACCGUCAACUUCAUAGAGAGUCUGCUAACGAGUCUUAUCUAUCAGCUUAAGUGCUGCAAAAAGAAUCUUCUACAAGCUGCUUCUGUAACGCCGAUGCACGGUUUAAUACGAGCCAUCAAGAGCUGCAUAACUGACCAGCCAACAUCUUUACAGCAGAUUUUCAUCUCGGAUUCCGAUGGUUGGUCAUCGCUGGUCGAGAAGCUCCUCGCAACUCUCCAAGACAUCACUCAAUUCAUCCUCCUCAUUCUAUCAGGGCAGAAGAAGACAUCUCCUGUGUCAGCCAAGAAGGAUGUUUCUGGCGCGGGCGGUAGCUCAGGAAUGGCGCCCUCGUUUUGCCAGAUGGGAGAGGCCAUCGAGGGGCUGAUAACAGAGAUGGCUGCUUACCGGAUCAACGAUGAUGAUGAUUAUGAUGGUGCGGGGGAAGAUAAGAUGAUGUCGCUGUCUGAAGAGCAUCAGUUGAUCCUAGCUUGUUGUUGGCUCAAUCUGAAGGAAUGUAGUUUGCUCAUAGGAGCCAUAGUAGAGACGAUGCCAUUAAAAAGUCAUGACCGUGACAAUGGUGUAUUGACCUUUGACCAAUUGACCCUCAUGGCCAACUUACUGGUGGAGAUUCUUACACGAUGCAGGCACAAGGGUGCCAUAGACGGCUGCAAUCAGGGCUUUGCAAAGCUUUGCUCCAGACUGCUGGCCAGUCAGCAACCCAAACUACAGUCCCUACCCAAGAUCGUACUGGAUAAGGUGCUUGGGUUAGUCACCAAUGAAGCAGCGGAAUCAUCAUUCACAAAGAAAAGUGCAGGGCUGCCUCUGUUGGUAGAAUCCAUUGUCAGUGCUGAGCCAAGAGGACGAGAGAGACCGCUCCUAGCGUAUACCAUGGACAGCCUCAUGAAGAUAGCAUCUCAGCCACUCCCCUUGGACCCCUCAGACAAACAGGACCUUCCCCAAUCCCAUGCCUUAAACAUCCUAAUGGAACUCUUUCGCUGCUCGUCUGUCGGCACUGACAUAUUAAGACAUUGCUCUGAAGCAGUCAAAUUGGCCAUAGGUGGAUUCGCAUCACCCUGUUGGACAAUAAGAAAUGGCUCAAUGAGGCUUUUUGGCACUUUAACUAAUCGCAUCUUUGGACAAAAGAAAGUGCAAGAUGAGCACUCCCAGGUCAACGCCAUGUCUGCCGCCACCUUCUUCCGUAGCUAUCCGGAUCUCCAAGAAUUCCUUCUGAAUGAGGUUGGGAAGUUUGAUACCAGCAUAAGAAAAGAGCAGAGCAUAGACGUAGAAGACAUGGGAGAGGAAAAUGCCAAUGUAGGACAGCCAAUCACCACAGGGAGAAGUGGAGGAGGGAAGUCAGAGGAUAAGAAUGGAUUCGAAGACGUUCAAGAAGAAAUGAGACCAGGAUGUGAUAUUGGCAGAUUAUUUCUUCAUCCAAGUCUGCAUCCUGUACUUACUCUACUCUCCAAACUCGGCCCUGGAGUGGGCAAUGAAGAUAAUGAGUUACUGUCUGCAUUCUUGGAGCCAGUGAGACGUCUUGCAAGCAGUCCAAUCUACCCAGUGCGUGAGCUAGCAGCCCGUUCCCUGGUCCCCCUCAUACCACAGAGUCAGAUGUCCAAUCAGAUGAUUGAGAUCAUUGAUAAUCUACCAAUAGAGGCUGGAGCCGUCAGAGCUUUCAACCGUCUCCAUGGAGAUUUACUGCAGCUGGAGAAGUUGUUUGAAGCUGCCGUCCAAAAUAGAAGUAUCCAAAAGGAAGACCUCAUUACCAUCCAGGCCAAGCUGGCUGCCAGAACAUGGAUAGCUGGUUUUACUAACCCAUGUGCUCUCAUUAGAGCAGUGUUUGUCAAUCUGACCAUGGCUGUCAUAUCAGAGUGUGAGAAGACUUGUGCUGAUUCAGGGGCCACACAGUUGCUGUCUGACAUGAGUAAUACAGCGACUGAGUACUUUGAAGGUAUUCAACCAUUCCAGGUUGGCUUAGCUACUUUAAACAGGGUCAUGACAACUGCUCGAUUGACCUUUUCAUCAUUGACCUCUGAACCUUCAACGUCCAAUCUUGCUGCUACAGCUCAGAUGCUUUUGACAUCGAAGGACUUGGACAUAAAAUUAGCAACUCUUAAUUGCUUGCAAUCGUAUGGUUUGGAAUUUCUUCAAACUGGAGCUGUUUCGAGACUCAUCGAAGAGUUAACAAACUUGGUUACGAAUUCGGAAUUGGAAUCCACAUGUUUAGAGAAAGUGCUGACACUGUGGGUAGACUUGAAGAAUGGAGAGGACAAGGAAGAAAUAUCCAGCUGUGAUUGGUCACCCUUGUGGGAAACUCUAACCAGAUUGGCUGAUGGUGAAAGGGGGAGUGGCUUGUGUGGUGCUGCACUGCCUGCUAUUGGUCAGAUGCUUCUGUGCCAUAUGCAGUCAAACACAGACAGUUGGCAAUUCAUUGGUCAGUGGUGUGCCUGGAUGGUUACGUACAGUGAUCCCUCUCAGAGUGAGACGAUCCGAUUGGCUGUUGUGAAGUCAGUCAGGAUUGCUGCAGCAUUGGUGUGGAGGAAAAUAGCUGAUGAGCAUACAGAGGAUAGACUUGAGACAUCCCUUGAUCUGAUGAAUGUUGUGCUAUGCCUCCUUCAAGAUGAAGCCCAAGGCAUUCGUCUUGCAGCUGCAAGAUUUGUCUCUCAACGUUUACCAAGAGGGGCCAGUUGUCCUCAGUUCAAACUUCUUCACAGUAAUGCUGCACAGCAGGUUCUUAUCAACUACAUUUGCACGAUGUUCUCCUGGUCUUCAAGAUUCAUGUCUUUAGCGCUUUGCCUUCUGCUGGGAUCAUUAGACGUAUAUGGUACUGUCAACCAGCAGCAUUCUUCUACAUGUGGGACUCACCUGUUUGAUCAAGAAAGUCCAAACAUCUAUGCUGAGGGAGUGAUGGAGGCAAGGAUAUUGUACGCUGAGAUUGUGGACCUCAUUGAGAAGAGACAGAGAGAUGAAGAUUUCAAAACGUGGUUAAGUGGUUGGUACGAGGGCUUCACCCAGCUCAAACAAUCUCUAGAGGAGCUGGACGAAACAAGAGAUAUGCUCAAGUCUUGCUCUAUUGCAUUCGGAGGUACAUUUUAUGGAUUAUCCGGCCAUAGUAAACCAUUCCAAGCCAUCUGUAGACAACUCCUCUACCUCCAAGUACUGUGCACUGUCGCCAAAAUGGCCAACAAAGAAGAGGAGACGGAAUCUCUGAUGAGUGAAAUACAGAAGAGUGCUCAACAAAUGAUGGAGCUUGCGCCAGUUCAUCCAUGCCUGAAGAUGGAACUUUCUUCAUUGAUACGUCUUAUAGAAAACUGAGAUGGCAACUCUGCAUAUUUAUUGCAUAACUUUCUUUAACUUUAUAGUUAUAAAAUGCUAUUUAGUACUUUUUUAUUUUUUUAAUAAUUCUAAGCAAAUCUGUAGUUGUGUGCAGAAUAAAUAAAGCUUUGAUCUACAAGAACAGGCUUUUUUGGGACGCAAAAUUGAGGAAAUUAUCAAUUUUAAGCAUCAGUUUUUGAGGCCCUUUUUAAUUAUAACUCCCUACUAAGAUGCCAAGCAAAAACAAAAAAUAUCAAGGAAACAAAAUAUAAUUGAUCAAUAAUUUUGUUAAAAGAAGCACUUGGAGGAAAAGAUCAAGCACUUCAUGUUUUUAACUGCAAGUGUGAACUAUGUUAAUCUCAAAACUGUUGUAGAGCGACUUUAUUGUUGUGGUAAUUUUUUCUAAAACUCGGCCAUAUUUUAUGAGUUUUAAGGCUAUAAAAUCAGUGUGAAUCAUAUUCAUUCUCUCUGUGAGAUGUGUUGGUUCUAAAAAGAACCGGUGGUUUAUAACUAUGUUUGUGUAUCAUAUCUGGGAAUGCUAUUGUACAUUUAUCUCUUUGCAGUUAGAUUUCUCCACAUUUGUAUCAAUUUAAAUGAAUAUUUCCCACCACUGCAAACUUUCAAUUAAAAGUAUGUCAGGUCUUAGUUAUAUAAACCUUUAUUGAGAGUAUUCAGUGUAGAACCUGUGUAAGAAUAAAAUUAUUCAUGUAAAUUAUAUGCAAUUUAUGUAAGGAUAUCAAAAGAUAGCAGCAGUGUAAGUUUAAAUGUUCGCAUCAUAAGAUUUUGAUCAAACUUUGACAGAUAUUUAUAUUUACCACAUGUUAAAGCCAUUGGACACUUUCGGUAAACAGUAUUGUCAAAGGCCCACACUUCGUGUAUCACAACUUAU